UCAUCGUACUUAUCAGUUGUUUGCUUUCGGCGUUUGUAGUUUGUGAAUUUCCACUUUCUAUGUUUGAACGUUGUUUAUCCAAAUGUUCUGAAGAUACUAAGUAUAUUGAAUUCAAACAAUUGAUUAUAUGAUCAUGUUUUUUAACCUUGGGAAGUGAUAUUUUUUAUUGCUACAUACAAAUGAAUGAUAAUCAAUCAGAUAUUUUACAUUGCUGUGAAUAUAUUAACAUGAACGAAGAAAAGUCUACUAUAAUAUCAGACCUUUGUCCGCCAUGUGGAAACUGCUGUUCUAAUUUGUUGAAGUGUCCACCAUCUAGAGAUAUAGAAAUAAAUGUUAUGGUAGCAAAUAUUCAAGAUCGAUUUAGAAUUCCAUGGCAAGGAGGUGCAAGACGUAUUUCCUUAGAUUCUGCUGUCCCAUUAUUACUUUUUCCUGCUACUCUUUAUUUCGCUGCUCAAGGUUUUUGGCCAACUAUCUUACUAUUUCCAUUGGUUGCAUUAUUCCUUUAUUAUAUUCAUUACACAGUUCGCAAAUAUAGAGUAGCCACAAAGUUUUUUUAUGUUUGGACCCUUACUUCUGCAUCAUUGGUGUUUAUGGUAUUCCAAUUCAUAGUUGUCCCUUUAUUAGAUAUAAACAGCUUAGAAAAUACCAUAAUUACUGUCAAUAUGAUUGCAACCACAGUAUGUUUUUAUUUCACAAAGAAAUAUGCAGUAAAAUCUCAUCUGAAACCUGAUUUAGAAUUGACUAAUGUCAAUGAUCUAGUUGAUGCCGAUGAAAAUAUAGUCUUAUUAAAUGAUGCUGAAGAAAUUCAAUGUAAUACUUGUAAAAAAGUUGUUCCACCCAGAACAUAUCACUGUUUUGUUUGUAAAACCUGUAUUAUCCAGCAACAUAUACAUUCCUAUUGGAUUGACUGUUGCAUUGGAAAAUAUAAUAGAAAACCAUAUAUUGCUGGUCUCAUUUUGGGUACUAUCAUGUUUACAUUUUUAUCAAAUCUAAUUCUUACUACACUUUGUCAUCCUUUCAAUGUUUUUGCAACAAUUAUGUUACCUGAUGACUGCAGUGAUGUAUACUAUGAUAUUAUGUAUGGUAUUUGUUUUGUAUCCGGGUUGUAUUGUUUCGCAGUUGCAGUCAUAUUAUUUUUCAUGUUUAUUUAUGAUACAUAUAUGGUUUCAUUAGGAAUCACCUACCACGAAUGGCAAGAAAAUUAUAAAGAUUAUAAAAGAGAUCGUUCUUGGUUUCUAUCGAGGCAUGUUAUUAUGAAUGUAUUAUCUAAUUGGAGAGCAUUUUUUAAUAAUGUCUGAUCACUACAAGAAUAAUAUUACUCUUCUACAGGAAAACCAAAAUAUUUCGUUCCAUAUAGGUACAUACAGACCGUGACCAAUUAUUAUUGUAGUGCGUGUCAUAAUGAAGUUCCAAGUAUAUACGUAUAUACUUGAAUGUUUAACGGUAAAUUAUUGUUGUAUAUAAUGUUCUAACUAUAAAUGAUUCAGACAGCGAUCA